GUUGUUGGAAAUUCCCUGGGAGCAGGUAAACUACAUAGACCAUAAUUCUUUGCAGCAGGAUAAGGCAGGGCUUAGAGGUUAAAAUGGCACUGUCGGCCAUUUUAUUAUUUCUUUGUUUGGCAUGGUCUGAGGAUUUGAACCUCUUUUGGAUUGUGGACUGAGCUUCCAAUGGAUGUGUGUUUGUAUAAAACCAUCCAUCCUGUGUAUCCAUCCUGUAGAUACAACCAUCCUGUAUAAUCUCUCCAUUCACUCUAUGUCUCCAUACAUCAUCUUCUUUCCUCCAUCCAUCCUUUCCUCAGCCAUGCAUUAACUGUCCAUUCAUGCACCUGCUCUGCCUCAUUGUGAGAUAUGCUGUGACUCUGAGAAUAAACUGCAUCAGUUGAAGUCUGUUCACCCUCCUGUGUUUUAAUGGACACACCAUCACGACAGCCACCCUUCCACCAAAUGCAAUCCAACUAAACUUUACAUGGUGCCGAAACCCGGGAUUGGCAGUUAUGAUGGAUACAGAUCAAGAGAACAGACGAUCCACACGGCAGAGAAGGCCUCCAACCCAUCUUCAGCAAUAUCACGUCGAGUCAGUGGGCUUUGGAAAGCCACAGGAACCCUGCACCACUCAUCCAAGGCCUUCAGCUACCCAUCUUAAACCUGGAGGUAGAGGGAUCACGAAUCCUGCCUCAGCACAACAACAAUCUGACCUCAAGGAAUUACAGGACGAGGUAUGCAGCCUGAAAGAGACAAUAAAACUACUUGUUGAUCGUAUGGGAUCCCUGCAUAUUUGUAACAGAGACUCUGAAUCAGUAAAUGUUUCUGAAGAUUGCAUUAGCUCUGAUGAUGACUUUGAUGUUGAUUACUCCCAACCUGUACAAAGACCUCACAGUUGUGUAGAAUUUCAAUGUUCUAUACCUGAAGAGAACAGAGCUAGAAGUUCAUGUUCAGCCCCAUCUAGAUUAGCUUUACCCCAUCCUGCCUCCCAAUCUAGUUUUGUACAGCCUCAGCCUUUGAUUGCACCCCAGUCUAGUGUUGUGCCUACUCAUAAUCCGCAGUCUAGCUCCCAGCCUCCUCAACCUCAGCCUGCCUUUCCAUCUAGUUCUGUACAGCCUCAGGUUUCCUCUCAGUCUGGUGUUUUGCCUCCUCAUAUCCCUCAGUCUAGCUCCCAGCCCCCUCAACCUCAGCCUGCCUUUCCAUCUAGUUCUGUACAGCCUCAGGUUUCCUCUCAGUCUGGUGUUUUGCCUCCUCAUAUCCCUCAGUCUAGCUCCCAGCCCCCUCAACCUCAGCCUGCCUUUCCAUCUAGUUCUGUACAGCCUCAGGUUUCCUCUCAGUCUGCUGUUUUUCCUCCUCAUAUCCCUCAGUCUAGCUCCCAGCCUAGCUCCCAGCCUCCUCAGCAUUAUCCUGCCUCCCCAUCUAGCUCUUUACAGUCUCAGCCUCAGCCCCACACAGCUUUCCAGUCUGGUUUUUUGCUUCCUUGUAAUCUCCAAUCUAACUUCCAGCCUGCUCAGUCUUAUCCUGCCCCCCAAUUUGAUCUUCCAACUCCUGCUGAUUCCCAGUCUAACCCAUUGCCUCCUUUGGCUUUACAGCCUGGUCUUUUAGUCCAACCUGCUCCCCAACCCAUUCCUUCAGUACAGCCUGCUCCUGUAUCCAACCUUUAUGUCCCUCCUCUACCUGGCCUACAGCUUCCAACUGCUCCUGUACAUAGCUUUUAUGCGCCUCAGGCUCACUAUACCAACUCCCCUUCCCAAACUCCUGUUACUAGCCAUUAUUCAUCCCGUAUAGUUACUCCUUCCUUUCCUGAUUUUCGCAGUGAUGACCCAUAUGAAUUCAUUAUGUUGAAAAUGGCAUUAGACAACUUGGUACCCCCCUAUGAGUCUGAGAUGUUUAAGUAUCAUGUUUUAUUGGACCACCUUUUGCUACCCUCUGCUCGCUACAUAGCAUUAUCAUAUGCCCAUGACCCACAACCUUACACCAAGUCAGUAGCAGCUCUUGAACAGCAAUAUGGUCAGCCACACCAUCUUGCCCUGAGAGAGAUAUCCUCUAUUUUGCAACUCCCUCGAAUACGUCCAGGAGAUUCAAAGGGUUUUCAUGCCUUUGCCCUUAGAGUACAAUCCCUAGUGGGAAUGCUUCAAUCACUAGGUCCAGGAGCUGGGACAGCAGAGUUGUCUUGUUCAUCCCAUGUCCAACAAUUAUUAAGCAAAUUACCUACUGACCAAAUUGCAAACUAUGCACGGUACGCCCAGUUACACCAUCCCCAUGUCCAGUACAACUUAAUGCACUUCAGUGCUUGGCUUCAAGGAGAAGCCCAAUGCCAAGCUCUAGCAUCUGGUGUUUUGGUCAGUAGUGAAUACACAAGACCAGCUAGAUCUGCCCCCAUCAAGUCAUUCAAACAUUUUGACAAUGCCAUGCCAAUGCUACUCAUCGGAGCAGACAACACUUACCUGAUAACUGCCAUAGAAGAGGUGAGGGCUGGACCCCCUGGAACCCCUGUGGCCAUUCACACACGAUUGGGAUGGACCCUGCAAGGACCAACUUACCUACACAAGGCAGCGCGGAUCAUGAGCUGCCAGCCGUGUCUGAAAAGUGCUGCUGCUUCCAGGUCACAUGGGUUCGGCGCUGUCCAGGUGCUGAAAGCUCAGCUCUGUCCCCCCCCCCCCCCUCAGCUAGCAGCACUGGGACAGAGAAUCCUGGUGGAGGCGAGAAAGAGCAUCCGCAUCCGAGUUGUCCUUCCCUGGUCGGUACCACACCUGGAACGAGAAUUGCUGAAGAGCGAGAUACCACCUAGUCACCCGAGCUUGACAGGGCUGAUUUUCUCCCGAAUGGUGAAGGGACCUUGCCAGUGGGCCAGGAACUUGCACGUUGUAGUGGGAAUGAGAACCAUCACUCGUCUGCGAAAAGGAAGUGAGGUAGGAGUUGUGCUGAGUCUGCUGGUACUGCAGUGUAUGCAGGUUCUGGGGCUGCGGAAGCAGCAUAUGCAGGUUCAGGGGAGGCCGGAGUUGAUAAGCGUGGAUGAGCCACGGGAGUCACGGAGCGCGGUGUCUCAGCCACUGGCAUCACGGAGCACGACGCUUCAGACAUGGGAGUCACGGAGCGCGGAGUCUCAGCCGCGGGCAUCACGGAGCACGACGCUUCAGACGUGGGAGUCACGGAGCGCGGAGUCUCAGCCGCGGGCAUCACGGAGCACGACGCUUCAGACGUGGGAGUCACGGAGCGCGGAGUCUCAGCCGCGGGCAUCACGGAGCACGACGCUUCGACGCCACGAAGCUGUUGCUAGGACAUUGCCAACAUAUUCCAGGUGGUUGCUAAGGUGUUGCUAA